UGCAUUUGCAAAAAACUUUCCGCUAAUGUCAAAGAAAAAUGAGCAGUCUAGAUGCAUAGGAAGGAAGGGAAGGGAAACUCGAGUUGACAGAUGCAGUGUGGUGGGCUCUUUUUCUCUCCCAAAGGGGCACCUGUUGCAGUGAUUAAAAGCUUUUGAUCUUGUGGGUUGAGAGUGUACAUGUUCUCUUUAAAAACAAAAUAUAUUCCUUCCCAUUGUUACCUAUACUUUGCUACUUAUGUGACUAAUGAGCUGACUCCUUUCUCCAACUGUACGAGAAUUUCCAGUGAAUUAGGUAGUGGGUGCAUUUUCCAACAUAGAUUAGUCGCCUGAUGUACAUGUCCUUAUUCGCUUUUAUAUACUUAUAGCAGAUUGUGUUUAAAAUCAUCAUAGCUUUGCUCACUUUUUAGCGUUUCGAUUUACUAUCCAUUUCGUCUGUGGCCUUUAGCCUUUCGCAAGCUUCCAAAUAGACAGGUCUUUUGCAGAGGCCGUACCCACUUUAUUCCACCCUUGGGUGGCGGAGAACCAAAGCUCACUUGAGAUAUGCGCCGCGCUCCCCCGCCCCCCGCCUUUGCGCAUGCGCUAGCAGAGAGGCCCACCUCCAAGACUGACCCUCCCUUCCCCCAUGGGGUAGGUUGGAGGGGGUUUGGCUUUUGAGGGCCCCUGAAAGUAACUAACUCAGUUUGCACUUGUAUAAUGAAGAGUGAGUUGCAAACAACCACCUUGCAAGUGAACCCUGAGAGUUCAACCUAUUUGUAAUGGAGGUUCUGCAUUUCACAAUCCUUGGCUUUACGGGCAGUUUAUAAUCUAGCCAGAGUUAGUUCUCAAAAAAACAAAAAGACACCCUACGUUUUAAUCAUAUUAAGAACGGAAAAUGGAGGUCGACCUAGCUGCAAUAUGACAGCGAAUGUUUUAAAGCGCAGGACCUUUAGUCCCGCCACAAUUUUGUCGUAAGAUUGUCCAGGUGAUUCUUUGAAAGCUAGAUGACACUGUGAGUAAACGCUAAAAUACCAGCUGUUGCUGGGCGGGGUAUCCGGGCGCGCGUUCUGGGCGGCCGCCGGCUCGAGGCGAACGCGGGGCCUGGGCUCGCGGCGCCGCGUCCGAGGGGCGGGGCGGGGCGGGCCUGGCCUCCGGGCCGCGCCAGUGCGCAUGGGCGGACGCCCACCCGUCCAACUGACCCCGUCAGUUUCUGCUGUCGUCGGAAGCGUUGCGAAGGCCGUUAGCUGGGCGUCAGCAGUCGCCGACAUGUCUGAUGAGAAGGAUUUCCUGAAGGGAGGCGUGGAGAAAGAAGAGCCGGGGGUGAGCUUCACCGGUAGCGCGGCCUCUGUGAAGCAGGCGGAGGAAGAGAGAGAACCCAUAAAGGUGGAAGUGGCGCUGGGGGCUGACGGCUGCUCUGACGACCUCGGCUGUGGCGAUGCCGGCAUCACUCCAGACCUCCUAGGGCUUGCGGCUGACGAGGAGAAAUGCCGGAAUAUCCGCAAGCAGUACUGGCAGCUCAUCUACAACGUGCAGCAGAACCGUGAUGACAUAGUGAACACAGCCAGCGACUCAUUAACCGAGGCUCUUGAGGAAGCCAACGUCCUGUUUGAUGGAGUGAGCCGAACGAGAGAAGCAGCCCUCGAUGCCCAGUUUCUUGUUUUGGCUUCUGAUUUGGGUAAAGAAAAAGCAAAGCAGCUAAACUCUAAUACGGGCUUCUUUAAUCAAGUAGCGUUUUGUGACUUCCUCUUUCUGUUUGUGGGUCUAAACUGGAUGGAAGAUGAUGAACAGGAUGAUUUGAGUGGCUGUGAUGACAACGUACCUCUUUCCUUCUGGGAGACGGUACAAAAGGAAGCAUCGUCCUGGAUGUUGCGAGCUGAAACAUUCCACUUUAUUUUUGGUUCGUUCAAGUCAGAGCCCUCUGCGCCAAAGCACCGGCUCGACCACCAGAAAAAAGUUCACAAGAUGGAAGAAAACGGGGAUAUGCCUACAAAGCUGAGGAAGUUGGACCUGAAUAGUAAUCAAGAAGCGACAGAAAAAGAAGUAGAAAGAAUCUUGGGAUUGUUGCAGAUGUACUUUCGAAAGUAUCCUGAUACUCCCGUGUCCUAUUUUGAGUUUGUGAUUGAUCCGAACUCUUUUUCUCGUACUGUGGAGAAUAUAUUUUAUGUUUCUUUCAUUAUAAGGGAUGGUUUUGCAAGAAUAAGGCUUGACCAAGACAGGCUGCCAAUAUUAGAGCCAAUUAAUAUUAACCAAAUGGGUGAGGGAAAUGAUCCCAGUUCCCAUGGCAGGAAACAGGGAGUUAUAUCUUUGAGUUUAGAGGACUGGAAAAAUAUUGUGGCAGCUUUUGAAAUUUCAGAGGCUAUGAUCACAAACUCAUACUGAAGAUUUUUGUUCUUGGUAUAGGAUGCGUUUUGUGGCUUUUCUAACAUAUCUCAAAUGAACAGUAAAAUCCUGACAGAAGCAUAUACUGUAUCUCUUGUAAAGUAAAAAAGUAUUUUCAAGAACACCAGAAAUUGUUUUACUGUGCGAUGUAUUUUUCUUGGUAGUUUAUAAGGUUGUCAUGGUCUUCUGUUAUUUAAAAAAAACACACUGGCAUGUUCAUGAGAAAAAUUUUUCGAAUGCCCUUUAAGACUAUUAAUAAAAUUCAGUUCUGAAUUUCAUAAAUUAGAGAGUAUUUGAUAAUUUGCCAAAAAAUCACUUACAGUGCUCUUUGGUAUUACAUUACUUCCCCUGUUACAGGGAACCAGGGGAAUCCGAUAUGGGGCUCCUAACCACGUUGGGGAAAGAGUGGGUGAAAACAGUGAUCAAGAAAGACUAUUUGUAGUGCCAGUGAGUCUGCAAUGCUAAUAGUGUAAAAAAAUUUAGCCAUGCUUCUUCGCAAAGAGGACUGAGUAAGAUUAGUGAGUGGGUGGUAUCCAUGUUCUAAAUAGUUUCUCCUGUGAUUAGACUCAACAAAAGUAGAGGAUCUCUACUGCAGUGGGUGAGGCGUUCAUUAAGUGCUGAGAGAUGAGUAGGAA